AUGAACAGCCAGAAUCUCCACGGCCACGGUGGCGGCGCGCCGUACGAUCGGGAGCGCGAAAUGGACGAACGACAUCGCGCCAUUCAACAGCACGAAGAGAUGGCUCGCCGCGACCAAGAACGGGAGAGAGAGCGCGAACGAGAACGAGAGAGCGACCGUUACCCUCCGGCACCGCACCAAAGCAGCGCGGGUUCUAUCCCCAUUCACCAGCCGGUGGCCUCGCGGAUCUCCGGUGCCAUCCACAGCCCCGGAGGACUGCUCGCAAAUCAUAAUGGCAACGCGCCUCCCAUCUCCCUCGGCGCUCCGUCGGGGCCUUUGGGCACCUUUGGCGGACCUUUGCAGAAUGAGCACGGGCGGCCGAUCCAGCACGGCGGGCCGGGCGGUGCCAACGGGCAACACCAGAUGUUUCCAUCGAUCUCUCACACACAACCUCCUCCCAAUAACUCACAGGCGGCGCCAGGCGGUGGGAUAUUCGGCGGGCCUCUGCAGCCCCAGCAUCCACAAGAUGGAGGCCGGGGAGGUCAACAGAAUGCCGCCAUGGUUGGUGUGGCUCCUGGCGGGCACCAAAUGCCGGGUGGCAUCACACAGGGCCAACAGCCUAUUUUAAAUGUGAGUCAAGGGGAUUUUUAUUUCUUUCCAUCUUGCCGGUCGUUUCUCGAUUUUCCAGCUGGGGCACGAGAAGUGGUCACAGCAUUUGUUGGUGGUGGUGAACGUCUAAUCCUGGCCUGUCGCGAUGACACCAAGCUUUGGGGUUUCUAUCAUCACUUUCAUGAUGCCCUUACCUACCUUGAUCAAGUCAAGGUGCAGUUCCACGACCAACCCGAUGUCUACAACCGCUUUUUGGACAUUAUGAAAGACUUCAAGAGCCAGGCGAUUGAUACACCCGGGGUUAUCAACCGGGUCUCUGAAUUAUUUGCAGGGCACCCAAAUCUGAUCCAAGGAUUCAAUACCUUCCUCCCUCCUGGGUACCGAAUAGAAUGUGGAGCCGGCAACGAUCCGAAUACCAUUCGAGUCACUACUCCCAUGGGAACCACAGUCCAGUCCAUCGCUGGGCGAGGCCCUCAGCCUGACGGCCAUGGACUUGCUGUUGGUGGCCAGCCCUUGUUCCCCGAACGUGGAAGCCAAUGGCAACAACGGCCUCAGCAUAGUAUUGAGAGCCCAGAAGCUGCCUUUAGUACUCCGGUCCAGAAUGGUGCCAAUUUGUUCGUCCAAGCUGCGACUCAAGGUGGCGCAUUCGAUGGCCCAGGGGGUCACCAACAGCGCAACCCCCCUCAAAUGCCAGGAAGUGCUGGGCCGCCUGGCGGACCAAAUGCAAGGAAUGCUCACACGCCUAUGCCUACUUCUGGUCCAGGCGCAGUCAACGGCGGGGCUGCUAAUCCGGCAAACAUGGAACGCCGGGGCCCUGUUGAAUUUAAUCAUGCCAUCAGUUAUGUCAACAAGAUUAAAAAUCGCUUUCAGGAUAAGCCAGAGAUAUACAAACAGUUCCUCGAAAUCCUUCAGACUUACCAGAGGGAGCAAAAACCGAUCCAAGAUGUGUAUGCCCAAGUGACGACCCUCUUCAACUCAGCACCGGAUCUCCUAGAGGACUUUAAGCAGUUCUUGCCAGAGUCUGCUGGCCAGGCUCGGGCACCUCCUGGUCGUCCGGACGACGGCGCCGUUGCUGGAUCUAGUCACACGCCUCAGCCUGGCAUGAGGGAUGGACAGAAGAUGCCCCCCUUGGGAAGCUUUCCGCCGCCUGUCAGUGCUGGCAAAGACAACAAGAAGCGGCCGCGGACUGAUAAGCAAACCCCAACUCCCGGCUCAAUUCUUACUGAACCCCCGGUUUCAACUCGUCUGCCUCCUCAAACCAUCAACGGCAGCAAGCGACCGAAGCUCAGCCACGCGAGAGGGAGCGGGGAUGGCAUCUCCAUUGAACCCACCCUUACGCCGGUCAUGCCUGAGCCUUACCCCCCUCGUUCUCCUGCAACCUCAAACCAGGAAGAGAUUGCUUUCUUCGAGCGGGUUAAGAAGUUCCUUAGCAAUCGGUCUUCGAUGAACGAAUUCCUGAAACUUUGCAACCUGUUUAGCCAGAAUAUUAUUGAUAAGAAUACUCUUUAUCACAAAGGUGCUCUCUUUAUUGGCGCCAGCCCAGAUUUGAUGGCGUUCUGGAAGGCGUUUGUUGGCGUCGACUCCCAAGAUGUGGUCAUCGACAAUAGGCCCGCACCGCCUCUUGAAAAGGUGUCCCUGAGCAACUGCCGGGGCUAUGGACCCAGCUAUAGACUUCUGCCAAAGAGGGAGCGUCUUAAGCCUUGCAGCGGCCGUGAUGAGCUUUGCAACUCUGUCCUGAAUGACGAAUGGGCGUCACAUCCAACCUGGGCUAGUGAAGAUUCGGGCUUUGUCGCUCACCGUAAAAAUCAGUUUGAAGAGGGCCUUCAUCGCAUCGAAGAGGAGCGCCAUGACUACGAUUUCAAUAUUGAAGCAAAUCUGAAGUGUAUCCAGCUCCUCGAGCCUAUUGCUCAACAGAUGCUUGCAAUGUCCCCCAGCGAAAGGGAGGCAUUCCACAUGCCUUCUGCUCUUGCUGGCCAAAGCACUUCCAUUUUUAAGCGCAUCUGCAAGAAGAUUUACGGAGAACGUGGCAUUGAUGUCGUCAAUGACAUGUAUACCAACCCAUUCGACGUAAUCCCCGUGCUUCUGGCUCGUAUGAAGCAAAAGGACGAAGAAUGGCGCUUUUCGCAGCGAGAGUGGGAAAAGGUGUGGCAUGCUCAAACGCACAACAUGCACCUCAAGAGUCUGGACCACAUGGGUAUCCUGGUCAAAUCAACAGACAAGAGGAACCUGACGGCAAAGCAUCUGGUAGAUGUUAUCAAGACCAAGCAUGAGGAACAACGUCGCGAGCGCAUUCUUAAGGGCAAAGCUCCUCGCCACCAGUUUGUUUGGGAUUUCAAGGAUAAGGAGGUUGUUCUCGACCUCUUGCGCCUAAUGAUGCUGUAUAGCAUGCACAAUGGACAGCACAGCGGCCAAGAGAAGGAGCGUAUCCUGGACUUCUUUGAGACGUUCAUCCCUGCUUUCUUUGAUCUCCCCGAAGAGGUGGUCCAAGAGAGAGUUCCAAAGAUGCAGCCUGAAUCUGGCGAAGAAGAGAUUGAAGACCAGACGCCCGCCGAGCUGACCAAUGGCCGUAGUCGCCGCAAUGGAAAGAAGGGUGAUCUCCUUAGGGGGGUUCUUGACCCUGGCCGAAACGGCAGCAAGCCACGGAACCAGAAAGAGGACAGCGCGGCUUCUGGCAGCAAGGAGACGACUCCUGAGGUCGGAUCUGCCAAUGAAGAAGAGAUGGCUGAUGCUAACGACGACUCUGCCGUCCCCGAGGUGUCUAAUGAGCGAUGGAUGCCCAGCAUCCCUAAGCCAGUCGUAGUCGGAGACAACGAUAAUGCGUUCCUGGACGCCGAUGGCGAGCUCAAAGCUGAUGGCUUCUUCACUCGUCCGUGGUACAACUUUUUCUGCAACCAAACCAUGUUUGUUUUCUUCAGCAUCUUCCAGACGCUGUACUCGCGACUCCUGGAUAUCAAAGACAGCAAGGAGGCAGUUGCAGUUGAGAUUUACCGCCUCAACAAGCCUAAGCCCGCCAGAGACCUCGGAUUCACUGAGAAUCACAUGACAUUCUUCGAGCCCAACGAAGAGCCUGCCAAGUUUUGGCCCAAGACCCUUGAGCUUAUCGAGGACUACAUUACUGGCGAGAUUGACGAGAACCGAUACCAGGAUGUCAUGAGACACUAUUACUUGAAGAACGGCUGGAAGCUGUAUACUAUUCAAGAUCUGCUCAAGACUCUUUGCCGUCUGGCUCUGACCUGCAAAAGCCUUGACUCGAAGGAGAAGACGCCGGAUCUUAUUCAGCAGUACAUUGCCAACCGAGAAAGAGAAGAAACGAGCUACCAGACUGAAAUCAGCGCGAGGAAAUUCGCUGAGAAAUGUGUCAAGGAUGGCGAUCUAUUUGUUAUCUGCUGGUUCCCUCAGAAAUCAGAAGCUACGAUUCGAUGGCUCCAGCGAGAUGAGACGACGUUCUAUAUGGAUGAAAUGCGUCUGCGUGAGAGGUGGCAAUAUUACAUCUCUUCCUUCAUUCGAGUGGAGCCUACCGAAGGUGUUCCUCGAUCAAAGCUGCAGAAGGUCGUUCUCACUCGCAACCUGCCCUCCGGAGACUCCGACUCGGACGAGGAUUCCAUUCCCAAACCGGUGUCGUACAAGGAGAACCUCACUGUCAGCAUCUGUCUCAAGAGUUCCAAGAUGAUAUGGGCACCUGGUACUUCCGAGUACUUUAUUUAUGACCAAGCGCCAAAGUCCAAGGAGCAACGCGAGCGGCGCGAGAAGUUCACCAAGACGCUGAGCAACUUUCGCGAGCUGAAGCUUCUUGAGAAGAUGGUGCACAACCCAGUGUGGGCCAAGGAUAUGAGCCCCGAGGAAGUCCAAGAGCAGAACAAGAACUUCCGCAAGUGGAUGGACGAGGGAAUCUCUCCAGCUGUUUCUAAUGAAGAUGUGGAUAUGGAUUAG